ACCUAAUGUGGAAACUACGGAGCGGCUUAAUGUAAUUAUCCAUCGCUAGAUAAAAUAUAAUGGUGUCCUGUAAAUAUGUUAAAAAGAAUUGGUUGGAUUACUAAUGGCUAACUACGUACGUCUCUCGUACGUAGUCUCGUCGUCCUACAUAUCGCACACUUAUUCCAAAACUGUCACUAUCCAAAAUUUCGUAAUAUCGAGAUAAUAACGCCAUCAGUUGAUCAAUUUCUAACUAAAAAGAGCCGCAUUGACACUUUCUUAAAAAUGCCAAAAACUACUGCUAGAUGGCAGUAGUCUCUUUUGCCACUAAACAAAAUUCCCCACCCCGCGCAGUGCUAGACUGACGCUUAACACGAAAACACGUGUCGCCCGUACCAGAAUAGACCGUUGUUGAGCGACAAACCGACACUUUGGUCAUUAAGUCAGUUUUUCGGUGCCAUCAUUGGUUUUUUUUAAAAUGCAUCGAAGAGACAAAUUGUUGAAACUCGCUCUGGAUCUUCAGGCAGAAAAUAGCGCAGAACCAUCGACCUCGCAGAAAUCUCGCAGGGUAAGCUGCUCAUCUUCUCAGAGUUCAUCUUCCUCGAGCAGUUCUUCGUCUUCAAGUAGCGCUGCUUCUACAAUUGGCUCCUAUGUUUCGGGGUCAAUAAAAUCUUCAGAUAACAUUUACCGUCCCAUCGCCAAUUCACUAAUACAAAGAAAAGUAUUUGAAUCUUUGCCAAGCACAUCUAAUCUACAAAAACAUGUAACUAAUCAAACUGAAUUACCAAGACAAAGAUCAUUAAGCACCGGUUCUAGGUCUUCUACCCUUUCUUCAAGAGCAGGUGAUUUUUCACCUGACGAUAAUGAUUCUGAUUAUAACCCUGUCCCUGAUAGAAUUAUCGAUGAAAGCUCUGACAACGAGCAAGAAAAUUUAAUAAUAUUACCACCAAAGAAAAAACGGAAGGGUAUUAUAAAUUCUAAAAAGCUAAUAGCUAAACAAUUACGUAAUUCAGGCAAAGAAUACGUUUCUUUAUCAAAAUCAAAAAAAAAUGUGCCCCAGAGAAGCAUGGGACCGCCUUGUUCAGAACGAUGUCGUUUGAAAUGUUUCGAUAAAAUUAAUGAUGGUGACAGAACGAUUAUUUUUGGUUUAUAUUGGGCAAUGGGUUGUGUUACUCGACAACGGGAUUUUAUCAGUAAGAACUUGACUGUUAUCAAACCAAAGUAUAGUUACAAAAAAGAAAAUAGCAAUCGUAAACCAAAGCAUGGUUUCCACCUAACAGUAAAUGGUAAACAAAUACGGGUGUGCAAAAUAUUCUUCAAAAACACUCUGGGGAUUAAUGAUAGACCUAUCAGAACUGUCUUAGAGAAGUUGUGUGAUAGCGGAAUGGUAGAAUCUGACAAAAGAGGCAAACACGGAAAUCAAGUAAAAGUUGUUGAUGAAGUGAUACAGGGUAUAAAAAGUCAUAUUGACUCCAUUCCUCGUAUAGAAAGCCACUACUUAAGAAAACAGACUAGUAGAGAGUACAUCGACGGAGGUAAAAGUUUAUCUGAUUUGUAUAGAGAUUAUAGAAAACUCUGUGAAGAAGAAGGAAAGCCAGCUGGCGAAAUACACACUUAUCGUAAGAUAUUUCACAAAGAUUACAAUAUCAGCUUUUUUAUUCCAAAAAAGACAUGUGCGAGUUUUGUACAUCUUACGAAAAUAUGAGUCAAAUAGAAAAAGAAACUAACGAGUUGAAGUAUCUAGAACAUCACACAGAAAAAGAACUAAGUCGAAUUGAGAAAAAUGAAGACAAACAAAAGGGGCAAAAAAGUUACGUGGUUGCAUGUUAUGAUUUACAGGCGGUUUUACCGCUUCCUAUGGGUAAGACCUCAAGUUUUUACUACAAAUCAAAGUUAAAUGUAUGUAACUUUACGAUUUGUGAACUUAACAAAGACAACAGUUAUUGUUAUGUUUGGAGUGAAGUAGAUGCUUUGAGAGGAGCCAAUGAAAUUGGCUCAUGCGUCUUAAAGUUUAUUACAGAAAAAUGUCAAACAGUCGAUGACCCGAAUUUGGAAAUUAUAUUUUAUUCUGACAAUUGUUGUGGUCAACAGAAAAAUCAAUUUAUGUUUAGCUUGUACAUGUAUGCUUUAGCUAAUUUGUCAAUUAAGAGCAUUACCCAUAAAUUUUUAAUAUCGGGCCACACUCAAAAUGAAAAUGAUAACGUUCAUUCUGUAAUAGAAAAAUCUGUUAAAAAAUUUCUUAAAUCAUCUCCAAUUUUCGUUCCUGACCAGUACAUUACUUUAAUACAGACGGCUAGAAAACGAGGUAAUUCAUACAAUGUCAACGCUAUGUCAUAUUCCGAUUUUUAUAAUUUAAAAGAUUUUGUUCAGCAAUGUGGCAUUAAGUUUAAUAAAAAUACUGAUGGAGAUGCAGUUA